AUGCCUCGAAAAAGGAUAUGUAAUGAAUAUUGGGUUCUUGGUAUGCAGGCUAGCGAAUCAGAGAACACCAAUUACGAAGAGAUCUUUAUAAACACUCGAGGAAUGAAUCUGUUUACGCGUAGAUGGGUACCAGCAAAUCAAGAGCCAAAGGGUUUAGUCUUCAUUUGUCAUGGAUAUGCAAUGGAAUGUACGAGGAGGAUUGUGAAGGCAGGAUUUGGUGAAUAUGGAAUUGAUUAUGAAGGCAUGGCGAAUCUGAAGGGCUUAAUGCUUAUGUUCCAAAUUUUCACCAUCUCCUAG